GGUGCAGGUUCGCCCAGAACCGGUGAGAAAACACUGAAUAAAGCUUACGCAGGGCCAUAACUUCGGAUGAAUGGUUGAAUUGAGGACUGGUGAACAUGCAAGACCUCCCAGGACUGAAAACCAAGAAAGGGGCAGCUGCAGGACGACUGUUACGAAAACCAAGAGCACCAACGCAUUCCUUCUCCACAAGUCAGCAGUCAGCACAUCCGUUUCUAAACCCUAAGGAAGUUCUCAACAAUGCUGAGCUUCCAGAUGACUGGGACUGUCUUUCACAAUUCACGCCAAGCGUUGUCCCAAGUUUGGCAUCGCCACCUCCUUCUGAGUAUAACAGAAGGAACCAAUCCGGACCCGGACUAUCCCCGAAUAGACUCAAGCAAAAUGACUUGACACUCAGUCCCGUAGUGUCGCCACUCGCCAGAAGACGCAUCCAAAAAAAUGACCAAAAAUACAUUCUCGAUCCUGUGUAUAGUAACAGCAGGGAAAGAUCGAGUCAGUCAAAUACACUGCAGGAUGCUACUGGACCAGGAUAUGUUGAGGGCGAAAAUCUUGUGAAACCUUUCAAGCCAAGAGGGCCUGAGGGAUUCCCAAUGCGUGUGCAUAGACAGCCUCCCGAUCUUCAUUACGAUCUUCUAUGGGACGAAGACGACUUGAAAUACUUUCCUACACCACUUUUCACUCUCAACGAGUUUCUUCUGCACGUGUCGCAAGUUCAAAGUCUUCCGCUAAAACAACUUCAGAAGGUUGUCCUCUCUCGGCACAAUUAUAAGAAACUCACCAAGUUAUUAGCGAAGAAGCAUUUGCCAAAGUCGAAACAUGUUACGAGUGUAAACUUUAAUGAACAAUUGGAGGACAUCCCCGCAGUCCAUCCCCGGGUACCCAACCAACAGCUACUGAUAGAGAUGGCAUCUCUGGUCAAAGAGCAGCUUAAAGAAGCAUUGAAUACAGAUGUGAGGGCCGUCAUUAAGCCGCUACCGAAGUACAAAUCACCGUAUAAACCUGGUGAAGGACCUCAUACGGAAAUUGUAAUAUUUGAAGAAGGAAAAGAGGGAAGGGUGGUCCGAUUCAGCGGGAGUGAGAGCCAAAGCGAUGUCUUGCGUAAGAGCCAAAGUAGGGACAAUCUGUUCAAUGCAGCGACAGCACGGUUCUUCCAAGGUGGUCCAAGGAGUAACUCACCUUUUGUUGGCGAUGACAAAGACAUCUCGCCAUCCGAGCUGGCGAUAUUGGACGCGCUAAUGAGUGGCGGGACGGCACUCAGUCUCAAGGCACAUUUUAUAACCUUCCUCCCAGAUAUCAGUCCAGUAGCGAAAACUGUCACAUAUCUGAAUCUUUCCUUCAAUGAUUUAAGGUGUGUGCCAUCUGAACUGUUUGACAUGCAACAGUUGGAGGUGUUGAAGUUACGUGACAACCCAAUCCGAGAUAUUCCAAUGCAGAUUGUUUUACUGAAAAAUCUCCGGACUCUCACGCUGUCGUUUUGUCUCAUUUCAUCUGUGCCAAUCAGUCUAUUUAGUUUACCGGAACUGCGACACUUGGAUUUGUCCUACAACAGAUUGGUGUUUAUACCCAAUGAGAUCAGGAACGCUCUGAAGUUGAGGGAGCUGAAUCUGGAAGGGAACCAGCUGCCGGCAAUGCCAUGUGGUGCCCUCAAACUGAAACUCCGGUAUUUGAGGGUGGCGAACAAUUUCAUGCACCCGUUGUUCUGGGAGGAGAACACGAAGAAUAAUCCACAGCGUCUCCUAGACUUAUCAGCCCUUGCCUUCUCCAAUGCUGGCCUCUUCAGACUCUAUAAGAAUAUACCAGAGGGUGAUAUGAAAAUAUUAAAUAGUUAUUCAACGUGUGACUGCUGUAGUGGGCCAAGAUACGGUCCAGGAAUCCGAUUAAUCCGUCCCUGCAACAAGAUCUUCGGUGUGAAGAACCUUCCGUUUCUGUUCCGAUCUUGUUCGCCAUAUUGCGCCAAGGUAUUUUCAAGCAGUACAGACACUAUCAUGGAUAUUAUCUACGGGGACGAUGAUGGUGGACCAUCGCAAUGAGUGACUAUAGGAUUGGUUACCCUAUUGUGCUUAAAUACUUUAACAAGACGUAACCAUUGUCCUCAUCUGGGGCUAGGGUGUCCUCGGUCCUACACCUUUAAAAGUCUUGCAAGGGAGACUCCACAGCAGUUGCUAUCCAUUGAGGUGUAUCCUUGUAGAGUUGUGGUAUACAAAUCUACCAUCUAUCCUAAGAUACCAUCUGUCCAGAAAGAGAUAGGCAAUUUGGGUGCAUAGAUCAAAUUUGGGACAAAAGUUUGAUUUUAAUUUGUAACAGGUUUUGCUAUUGUCAAGGCCGUUCAACCAUAUGGCUUGUCCUCUAAAUACUCAGUAAUUGUGUUAAUACUGUACUCUGUCAGGUGCCCGCAUCGACUUUCAAGAUAUUUUGAAUGGAGUAUUAGUAUGUUAUUGGUGGUUCCAUGUAGAAAGUCAUGACAGCACCUGGCUGAUUUACAGUGUGAUAAUCCUGUCUGUGAUAAAAGUCUUGUAAUACAGUUGGACUGUUGUUUUAACGACCAAUUUUAUGCUGACACUCAUCAGAUUAGCCUGAAUUGUGCCAUAUUUUAGAAUAUAAUGUUAACAUUGUAUACUUUGGUGGUGACUUUCAUGAGUGUCUCUGACAUUGGAGUAAUGGAUAUCUGAUAAAACUAAAUAAACUUUAAAUGGAGUGGUUUUUAAUGCAAAUGGACUACAACCAAAACGAUUCGAGUUGUGGAAUUCUUUUUAUUGUUAACAGAUUCUGCUGAAGUUGCACAUGGCCUCAGAUUUCUUUGACUCAUCUGAUCUUACCACGGCGAAAAUGGAGAAAGAUCUAGCAGAGACAGAAAAUGACUCUUCCAAAGUGACCUUUGAGAAAAACCAUGUCUCAUCUGAUGAUGCGACCAUAAAAUUAUCGAGUAGGCGUAUCAAUGUGGCAGAUACAAGAACAAGCAAAGAAAAUCAUGGUGUACAUUUCCGAAUUUCAUGAC